AUGGAUGAAAAUAUUGACAGUAAUGUAGCUGUUUUAGCUAUAUUGGAUGAUCAAACUUCAUCAUAUAAACAAAAUCAUGAUAUGACAAGUUAUAAUAUGAAUACACAUAUUAAUGAAGAAGAUAUAGAAACAAAUGAAACCGGCUGUAAACAAAAUAUAAUUUGGACAAAAAAUUCCACAUUAAUGCUGUUAAAUCUUUAUGAAACUAAACUUAGCUUGCUGGAUAAUCCAAAAAAGAAGUCUAAAAUGUGGACUUCAUUGGCUGAAGAAUUAAAAACAUUAAAUAUUGAGGUGACUCCAGAUCAGGUCAGAUGGAAAAUAAAUGCACUGACAAAAAAGUAUAGGGAUUGCAUUGAUAAUGGAAAUGGGCUUAUGACAUUCAAAUAUUUUAAUGAAAUGCAUCAAAUACUUGGGAGAUGUACUGAAGACAAUGCUUCAUAUAGACUAGCAUCAGGUUUAAUACAAGGACAAGAAAGUAACAAAACACAUAAUAUUUUAAAUAAGAAGCUAUCUUUUAAAAAUUCUACAACUUUUCGUAAACUAAGAGCAGAACGAAGAACAAAAAUAGAAUUGGAUAAGCAAUGGAUAGAAUACAUUAAAAGACAAGAAGAACAAAGACAAAUUAGGGAUGAAAGAUAUGAAAGAAGCUUAAGACUAAGAGAAGAAGAGUUACAAUUAAAAAAGAAAGAAGUAGAAAUCAAACAAUCAAUAGCUUUAAGAAAAUUACAAUUAAAAGAGAAAAAGCUAGAUGAAAUUCUUAAAAUAGAACGUGAAAAAUGUGCAUUGUUAAGGAAUUUUUUAACAAAUCAAUUGUCU